AUGUAUAGGACUGGUGUUAUGCUCGGGUCGUACGUCAGCGGCAAGUCUGGCGGCCAUAUCAACCCAGCCGUUACCCUAGCAAGCUGUGUCUAUCGUGGCCACCCUUGGCGAAAAUUCCCCAUCUACGCCCUGGCCCAAACACUUGGUGGUAUAGUGGCCGCUGCCAUCGUAUACGGGAACUACCGUGUUGCUAUUGAUGAAUUCGAGGGUGGCGUGGGCGUUCGCACCGUCUCUGGCCCGAAUGCUACUGCCGACCUCUUUGCCACGUACCCUGCUGCUGCUUUUAUAUCACGUACCAGCAUGUUCUUUGAUGAAUUUCUUGCUAGUUCAAUUCUCCAGUUUAUUAUUUUUGCACUGUCUGAUGAAUUUAAUAAUUUUGGUGCUGGCCCCCUCAAGCCCCUGGGCCUCUUCUUUCUUGUUCACGGCAUUGGUGCUGGCUUUGGCUGGCAGACUGGUUAUGCGAUUAACCUCGCCCGUGACUUUGGCCCUCGACUGGUCACGUACAUGGCUGGUUAUGGCCCUGAGGUCUUUUCAGCCGGCGGUUAUUACUUCUGGGUAUGUACUUUUGCUCGCCGUCGCUUGCCUUUAGUACAACAUUCGGGACUGACACCUGAAAUGUAG